GCAGGAGCAGAGAGCAGCCAUUGCUGUGUCUGGUAGCAGACAAUCCAGCUGUGAGGAGCGAGAGGUGUUAUUACAAGGAGCACUCAGAAUGGAAAAGGACAAGAAACACAAGACUGAUUUGAUAAUAAAUCUCACACUGGAAAUAAUCUACCUGCUAACUGGGGAGGGUUACACAGUAGAGAAGAAGACAUCUGGUGAGUAUGAGACACCCAGCAGCCAUUCCUGCCUGUCAGGAGGACUGAGCAGGAUCCAGAGCCCCAUCAUGGUGCCUCCACCUCACUCACUGAUACAUGAGAGGCACAAUGACCAGAAGAUCCUGGAACUCACCCACAAGAUCAUUCAGCUGCUGACUGGAGAGGAGGGAGAGUAUAUAGAGGAACACAGGGGUCUGUACAAGGACGUGAUGAUGGAGAAUCACCGGCCCCUCACAUCACUGGAUGGGCCCAGUAACAGAGAUACCCCAGAGAGAUGUCCCCGUCCUCUGUAUUCCCAGGAUUGUACAGAGGAGAAUCACAGGAUCCCACAGGAGGAUCAGGGGGAACAGCUGACUGAUAUGAAGAUAAAUGAUAUAGACAGAGAAGAAGAGACGUAUGUGACUGAUAUGAAGGCAGAAGAUAUAGAGGGAGAAGAAGAGACUUAUGUGACUGAUAUGAAGGCAGAAGAUAUAGAGGAAGAAGAGACGUAUGUGACUGAUAUGAAGGCAGAAGAUAUUGAGGGAGAAGAAGAGACGUAUGUGACUGAUAUGAAGGCAGAAGAUAUAGAGGGAGAAGAAGAGACGUAUGUGACUGAUAUGAAGGCAGAAGAUAUAGAGGGAGAAGAAGAGACGUAUGUGACUGAUAUGAAGGCAGAAGAUAUAGAGGGAGAAGAAGAGACGUAUGUGACUGAUAUGAAGGCAGAAGAUAUAGAGGAAGAAGAAGAGACGUAUGUGACUGAUAUGAAGACAGAAGAUAUAGAGGGAGAAGAAGAGACGUAUGUGACUGAUAUGAAGGCAGAAGAUAUAGAGGGAGAAGAAGAGACGUAUGUGACUGAUAUGAAGGCAGAAGAUAUAGAGGAAGAAGAAGAGACGUAUGUGACUGAUAUGAAGACAGAAGAUAUAGAGGGAGAAGAAGAGAUGUAUGUGACUGAUAUGAAGGCAGAAGAUAUAGAGGGAGAAGAAGAGACGUAUGUGACUGAUAUGAAGGCAGAAGAUAUAGAGGAAGAAGAAGAGACGUAUGUGACUGAUAUGAAGGCAGAAGAUAUAGAGAGAGAAGAAGAGACGUAUGUGACUGAUAUGAAGGCAGAAGAUAUAGAGAGAGAAGAAGAGACGUAUGUGACUGAUAUGAAGGCAGAAGAUACAGAGGGAGAAGAAGAGACUUAUGUGAGGGGUGAUCAGCAGUGUAAGGAGGAGGAAAUCCCUACAGAUAUCAGCACAGAUGGACACAAAAGUAGGACUAUCUCAGAAGGACAUCUAAUGUUAUCCCCGGAUUGGGAAAUAAAAGAUAAUGACAGUAUACAGGAUUCUCCAGGAGCUGACCCCAUUACCCCAAUUGUACAUCCAGCUCUAUCAGCUGAUCCCUCUGAUCCUGGGAAAUGUUCUCCUGAUCACUCUGAUAUUGGUGCAUCUGUUACAGCUCUGACAGUAGAUACAGUGUUUCCCUGUUCUAUAGAUGCCAAAUGUUUUACACCGAACACAAAGCUUAUUACCCAUCAGUCAGCUAAGGCAUAUGAGAGGCCAUUUCCAUGUGCUGAGUGUGGGAAAUGUUUUACAUGCAACUCAGCUCUUGUUGCACAUCUGAGAAUUCACACAGGUGAGAGGCCAUUUCCAUGUUCUGUGUGUGGGAAAUGUUUCACACACAAAUCAGUUCUUAUUACACAUCAGAGAAGUCACACAGGUGAGAAACCAUUUCCAUGUUCUGAGUGUGGGAAAUGUUUCACACACAAAUCAGUUCUUGUUACACAUCAGAGAAGUCACACAGGUGAUAAUCCAUUUCCAUGUUCUGAGUGUGGGAAAUGUUUCACACACAAAUCAGUUCUUGUUACACAUCACAGAAGUCACACAGGUGAGAAACCAUUUAAGUGUUCUGAGUGUGGGAAAUGUUUCACACACAAAUCAGUUCUUGUUACACAUCAGAGAAGUCACACAUGUGAAAAACCAUUUCCAUGUUCUGAGUGUGGGAAAUGUUUUACAGCGAAAUCAAAACUUGUGAUACAUCAGAGAACUCACACAGGUGAGAAACCAUUUAAGUGUUCUGAGUGUGGGAAAUGUUUUACUAAGGCAUCAUAUCUUGUUAUACAUCAGAGAAGUCACAUAGGUGAGGAACCAUUUUCAUGUUCUGAGUGUGGGAAAUGUUUUACUAAGGCAUCAUAUCUUGUUAUACAUCAGAGAAGUCACACAGGUAAGGAGCAAUUUUCAUGUUCUGAGUGUGAGAAAUGUUUUGCAAAUAAAUCAGCUCUUGUAAUACAUCAGAGAAGUCACACAGGUGAAAAACCAUUUCCAUGUUCUGAAUGUGGGAAAUGUUUUACAUGGAAAUCAGCUCUUGUUAUACAUCAGAGACUUCACACAGUUGUGAAGCCCUUUGCAUGUUCUGAGUGUGGAAAAUGUUAUACUACUUCAUCACAGCUUGUUAUACAUCAGAGAAAUCACACUGGUGAGAAACCAUUUCCAUGUUCUGAGUGUGGGAAAUGUUUUAAAGCGAAAUCACGUCUUGUUAGACAUCAGAGAAGUCACACAGGUGAGAAGCCCUUUGCAUGCACUGAGUGUGGAAAAUAUUUUGCUCAGAAAUCACAUCUGAUUAGACAUCAGAGAAGUCACAGGUGAGGCCAUUUGCAUGUUCUGAGUGAGAAAUAAAUCAGCUCUUGAUGCACACUGUAGACAUCACACAGGUGGGGAAGCAUUUUAAUCUUCUAGAGUAGACUCGUCUUCACCAUUUCCCUGCAUUGUUCCUUCAGGUGCUAUUCUAUGUCCUAUGUUUUGUUUUUUGGAUUAUAAAAUCUUCAUUGAAGCAUGAACAUAAACUAUUGAGGUAUCUCGUUCCCUUUCCGUUGGGCACCAGAUUUUUUAGUGUAUUUGGUACUCCGAUUUCCAGAGGAUAUAUCCACUCUUUAUUUGGUUAGUUUUACUUAUUUUAUUACUCAAAUGUUGACUGAUUUUGAUAAAUGGCGUCAUUUGCCGUUAUCCUAUAUCGGCCGUUGAUGGUUUCCUUUCCCAGACUUCUUUACCCAAUCCAGAUGUUGCCUUUCCUUCUGACUGACCGUGAUGUUGCACAUAUUAAUAGGGCUAUAACCAAAUUAAUAUCGUCUGGUAAACGCCCCAGGAUAUCACUGUAUAAAUUGCAGGAGCCGUUGCUGGGAGGCAUUAACUUCCAGAAUGUUCAGGCUUAUGCCCUGGCAUCUAACCUACGAUAUGCACUGGAUUGGGUAAGGAGUGUGGACAAUUAUGUUUGUUAUUCUCUUGAUCAAGCGUUUCUUUCUGCUGUUACUUUGGAUGCCUUAUUACAUUUACCGAUAACUUAUUUUCCAGUGGAACUAUGCAAUAAUCCAUUACUCUACUCUACUCUAUACCCUAUAUUUCUCUUACGUCCUAGAGGAUGCUGGGGUCCACAUUAGUACCAUGGGGCAUAGACGGGUCCCUUAGGAGCCGUGGGCACUUUAAGAGUUUAAUAGUGUGGGCUGGCUCCUCCGUCUAUGCCCCUCGUACCAGACUCGGUUUAGAAAAUGUCCCCGGUGGAGCUGUUCACAGCUAGGGUAGCUCCUUGAGCUUUUCUGGUUUUAUUAUUU